CUCCAGCCGCUGCCAUGGAAACGCAACCGCUGGCAGCGGGCGUCCCGUAUGACCCGGGCCGGAGGGCUGCUUUCGGACACAUGGACAACCGCACAGCCCCUGAGGCGCCUCGGAAGGAGAAGAAGCUUACCGGCGGCUUCGUCAAGUUCCAGACGCUAACGGUCGACAAGGAGAUGUGGGACUUGCUGGUGCCGCACAUGGACGACGCGACCGUGGAGAAGGUUCGGGCGCACCACAGCAAGGAUGGGGCAAAGGUGUGCAAGGAAGAUUCUCUGCCACUGAGGCGCGCGCUGAAAAAGUUACUUCGACGGCCAACUGCCGCAGCAACUGCCGGACCGGUUCAAACUAUGGACGCGGGGUGCCAAGUGAGUGACCAGGAUUUAAUGGGGCCCAUCUCUAAGAGAAGAAAAAGACUUCCUUCAGACACCUUUGAAGCUGGCUUAUCGAACAGUGAAAAAAAUAUGAUCAUGAGGGCAUUAGGGCGUGAGACAUGGAAGCAACCGGAGGAGCUCGGGAGCGACCAGUGGAUGGUCUGCCAGAGAACUGUGCUGCUCAUCCAUGAGCUGAAGAAGAGUAAAAUGUGUCCCAUUACAGGGAGAGAUCAGACCCUGGACGCGUGGCACACCAUGAUGAUCUACAUGGUCCAAAAUUUGUAUUCUGCAGAGCACCGUUUUGGUGGUUUAUGGGCCACCAUUACAGUUCAAGUCUUAACCCAGUUUAGUGCCCAGAUUGGACAGCCCUGGAAAUGGGUGUGCCAGUUGGACACCAGGGCCAAACUUUCGAUCGGUGACAUCCAGAACAUGCAUGACAUUACGGUGAAACUGACAGACCAGUGGUUCGUGUCGGAUUUCGGGCGGCGCAUGCCCAGGAAGCUAAGAGGCAAUUGGAUCAUCCCUCAUCAUGUCAAAUUGAGAGUAAAAAUCAAGGAAGCUACCGCUUUCAUGUCUGCUAUGUUUAAGCUGGAUUUUAAAAUUCCAGCUAAUGAUAUGGGAAUAAAGAUUCAUGAUGGUGAUUACGCUGCUCUCGGAGAUUUUCAGAAUGGUCUCGAAAUUUACCUUCAAGACAAUGGCCUGAAUGACAGGGGACACAGUCCAGCUGAUGCGGUGGAGGUUAAAGGAACCGGCGAUAAUGGCCAAGUGACCGCUCAUCAGUCAGUCACUUUUGCUGCCGUACAGCUACCAGGGGCACCUGCCAGGGAUGCUAUUGAUGGGUUAUUAAACAGAAAAUUCCAGAGCACAGGUAAUCUGCUGCCAUCUGGGGCCAUUAUGCAUAAAGAGACUGGCUUAUUAUGGCAUGCGUUUCCUGCAUUGAACAUGGACCUCCUCUCCCGCCUCAAAUCGCAGCUGGCCUUGUUGGAGAAGAGUCUGGUUGGAAAUGUCCUGGGUUACGAGGAGCUGGAUGAAGAUGAUUACGAGGAGCUGGGAGUACUUGAGUUUCUCGAUAAACCCCAAUUACUGCAGGAAGUGGAGGCUGCUUUAAGAAAUAAAUAUGUAUCAGCUCUUCCCAAGGACCAGGGGCGAACAUUUCAUAUUGGAUUUCAACCUACAGGUGUCAAUGAAGCCAUGGAACGUACCAAAGCCCUCAAAAAAACAGCAAUGGACCUGCAUGUCAAAGACUAUGAAAGCAUGAGUGCAUCAGCACUCGUUGCUGCCAUAGAGCCAUUAAUGGUGUGCUGCUACGAUAUUCUAAGGCUCAGAGAAAAACUUGAGUGCUGCAAGGGCAAUGAUGAUGCACUGGUAAUAUUGGUAGAGGACAUGGAGGCUCUGAUCACGCUCAUCUUGAAUGAUGUGUACAGUGAGGCUCACAGACCAGAUUUGGCAACACAGGCAGCAAGGAAGCAAACUGUGGAGCAGGCUGUGUCCAUCAUCAAUUCCCGAGGCAUGCAUAAAUUUCAAGCCUCGCAGCAAUGGGAGGUGCCGUUUCUGAAGGCCGGAGCAGGGGUGGGCAGAGUGAAGGAGCUGAUGAGAUGCUACAUUCAGCUCAUGGACGAGCUCGAUAAAGUGGGCAACUAUGCACAUAUAGUUGGCUCAGGACACGCCCUGGAGUUCAUGCAGCGCGGGAUAUUUCUCAAGCUAUGGGAACAGCAAGCAGUGGAGGGCUUUGUCAAAUUGCUGAAAAAUUUGUAUCAUAAUAAGACAUCGAAGGGCGGAGGGAUGCAGGUGGAGGGUGCAAAGCGAGGUGUGCAGCAGCAGAGUCCAAGAAUGGUGAGCCUGUUUGAAAUCUGCUUCCGGCGAUAUGGGUGGUUCCAUGGGCAUUUGCAGAAGUUCUUCAGUCCUGCAAACUCGGCUCGGGCUGUGGACCAGCCUACGUUUCUCCUGCAAGCGUUUCCUGAUGAUGUGCUUCCGGUGGAUGACCCAGACUUCGAGCCUGCAGACGAGAGUGACAGCGAUUUUGAAGAUGAGGAUGGUGACCUCGACAUGGAUGAGCGUGACAACCUCGAUGCCGAGGUUGCAGACUGGACUUGGCGCGGAGCAAAGACGCCUAGCCAGCGCCCACGAGGGCCUUUCUCCGGCUUGGCUUGUGUGUCGGCGGACGAGGGGCUGCGGUGUAUGGACUGCGACUCCUGAGGCACGUCCCGCCGGCUGCGCGUGUUAACUAUGUGCUCGUCU